UCCUCUUCCUCCCACCUCCUAAUCACCUCCUUCGAGCUCUUCGUUCAUUCAUUAACUUUUUUCAUCAACUUUCUCAUUUCUAUCAAGUUAAUUGUCUUGAUUAAUGCAAUUAAUCAAUUCUAUUUUCAGUUGAGAGUUAAGAAGGAGAGAAACUCAGUUAUCUCUCAAUUCUCUUCUCUAUCUUCCUCUCCUUUCUCAUCCUUCUAUUCCUAUUGAAUCUCUUCCACCCACUCUCUCCUACUCUCUCCCACUUUCUCCUUCUCUCUCUCGAAAUGUUUUCAAGGAGAAAGAAUCAAAAAAAAACAUAAUCAAGUGAACAAUCAAAUCUCACUCAUCACUCAAACUUGACUGAGUUUCACUUUCUCAUCACCAACGAUUUACCUUCCGAAUGGUAAAUUGUAAUCACUCACAACUAAAUUCAAACAAUUAAACAUCAACAAGCGAGUGUUUAACUAUCACUUGUUGAAAAUCAGUUAAUUGACAGCCAAACAACAACAGAAAAAGACCUGAGAGUGGACCUAAAGUGGUCAAGAGUAAGACGAAAAUUUAAAAAGGACCAAAAACUUUCUUCCUCUUCCUACUAAUAACAACAAUCAUCAUCAUCAUCAUCAUAAUCACCAACAAUUCAAACAAUCAACAUUUUUCCUUCCUUCUUCAUCAUAUCAACAAUCAUCUAAAAGUAAUUUAGUUUCUUUAGCUGAUUAACAAACUUUCACUUUCCACAAUUAAAAAAAUUUCUCCACUAAUUCACUUACCCUUUCAAAUUGUUAUGUCCAUUGGAUCAUUUUCCCAAUUGUUAUCAGCGUUUCUCUUUCACAAUCAAUUUUAACAACAAUUAAAAAACGAAUUCAAACCAAAUUAACAAAAUGGUAACAUCAUCAAUAGCACCGUUAUUGAUUGCAGAGCAAUCACAAUUAAACUCUAGUAAUUUAUUAUCAUCAAAAAUCAAAUACUCUCAACAACAAUCAACAUCCAAACCAAAAUCUACAACUGGAUUAGUGAAACAAUUAGUGACAAUUUCCAAUAGAAGAUUAAAAGUGUCACCAUUGCCGUCUCUCUAUGUGAUUACAAUUAUUUUCACUGUUUUUAUAAUCGGAUCUCUUGGUGCUCCCUCAUCAUCAUCGACAGCAUCUUCCUCACCAAAACCAUCACCUAAAUUAUCAUCAUCUCCAUCUCCAUCCUCAUCAUCAUCAUCAUCUAAAUCUAAAAAUCAACGGAAUAAUAAACAAAAGGUGAUCUUAAUUCUAGCUGAUGGUGUGCGAUAUGAUUACAUCAAAGACCCAAACCUUAAGGGCAUCCAAAGGAUGGCGAAGACUGGAGUUAAAGCUGAAUAUGUUCAGCCCAUUUUCCCGUCCAAUUCUUACCCUAAUUGGUACACGAUUGUUACAGGGCUUUACGGUGAAAGCCAUGGGAUGAUCCAGAACUUCAUGUACGAUCCUGUUGAAAAUGACACUUUCCUAAUGUCCCCACACCCGAAUGCAUCUCACCCUCACUGGUGGAGUAUGGCUGAGCCCUUGUGGACAACCGCUGAGAAACAGGGAGUUAAAACUGCAGUUUUCUGGUGGGAUGGUUGUCAAGUUGAAAUACGAAACACAACACCAACAAUGUGCCUCGAAUAUCAAUCCUAUUGGACUUGGCCCACAGUUCAAAACGAUACUCUCGACGCUUGUGAUGAAAUUUUGGACAAUUUUGAAAAAGACGAUUGGGGAUUGGCCUUAGUUUAUUUCGAAGCUGUUGAUGCAAAUGGUCACGCCUGGGGCUCUGAAUCAAGCGCCCGAGUUGAAGCCAUGAAAGAUUUAGACCAGGUCAUAACUCGGCUUCAAGAUGGAAUUGAAUCUCGGAAAAUGACCGACCAAGUAAACAUCGUAUUGGUUUCCGACCAUGGGAUGGUCACUGUUAUCGAAGAAGAUGGUGAACAAAAGGCAAAGGUCAUCGAAAUCGAGACAAUCGUUGACCCGAACGAUAUUGUGGUCAUGUUUGACCGAGGAACAACUUCCAUGUUAUUACCUGUGAAAGGAAAGGAGCAAAAGGUUCUAGAUGACCUGAAGAAAGCAAGUCCGAAAGGAUUGAAAUUCUAUGCGAAAAACGAUAUUCCAAUUAAAUAUCAUUUCAAGAACAAUCGUCGAGUUUCACCAAUUCUAUUAGUCGCUGAAAAGGGUUAUUUCGUUCGAGGUUUUACCGAUUAUGGUAAAACCAAACCACUGGCCGAUAUCGUUUACUCUGGUCAUCAUGGUUACGAUCCUUAUGAGGUGAAAGAAAUGAGGACCAUCAUGUUAGCCACUGGACCUGGACUUCGAAAGGGUUACACUGCCCCUCCCUUAAUGAUGACUGACCAUUACAAUUUAGUUUGUCAUUUACUUGAUAUAAACGCUCAACCAAAUAACGGUUCAUGGCUUCGGGUUGAAGGCAUGUUAACAGAUGAAUCAACUGUAAUAAGCAGUAAAUUAUGGCCAACUAAUCAAUCUACUAAUUACCUAUCACAAUCUAAUUAUCUACAAUUAACAAUGGUCAUCAUUUUUUCAAUCAUCUUCCACCAUGUUUGAGAAUCUUUUUUUUUAUUAUAAACUUUUCUUCCUAUCAAUCAACAGUCUCACUUUGUUGAUAAAACCCUUUUAUUUAUCUUACAUCAUCUUCAUCUUCAUCCUCAUCAUUAACAUCAACCCUUGGAACACCAAUAGCAUCAUUAACCAUCUCAUUUGAUUGUUUCUUUUUCUUAAUUUUGUUUAUAACAGUAAAAAAAACAAACGAAAAACAAACGUAGUAAUUACUU